AAUUAUAAUUAUUAUUUCAAAAUUUAAAAGCGCCGAACGGCAUAUAAGCGGUUUGAAAAGUACGCUGCAAAAGUGUUCUUUCCAUCAGGUCAGAUCUGAGUCAGAAUGCACUUCUCGCCUUAUCGCGUGUUCAGUAUAUAUCAACUGGAUAUUAGUUCGAUGAGGCAUUAGAGCAUAAAAAUGUCCUCCCAUUCAUUAGAGCGAGGAGAAGAAGAACAAGAAGAAGAAGUCACGCGAGAUUACAGGGAUCUCAACUACGAAGAAGCAUGGGCAGAAUACGAGCGACCCAAUCGAAGACGGGGAUCAAUACGCUCUCGCUCAGUCACGUUUCUCGGGGGUCGCGCGAGGAGCGUCUCGCCUGAUACAUUAUGGAUGGCCGAGGAUUUCUGGUCGAGAAAGCCGGAAGCGAGUUACGACUCUCCCUCAAGCUCUAAGAACAGUGAACUUUUCACGAGGUAUGGGCCCCGUGGUGUUUCGGGUCUGAGAUGGAGGGAAUACGGGGUGAGGAAACGGAGCUCUUUUCCUCGCUCUACGCGGGGAGAAUCUGGAGAGUCGAGGCCGUCGUCACCAGAGUCAAGAAUCUCAAACAAUGAGGAGGAGGAUGUCUCAAAAUUGAACGUAGACGAAGCUAAAAUUUCGAUUAACGACGUGGAUCCGGAGAAGAAGCUUUGUGAAGCUUGUCAGGGUAUCAAUGCAGAGAGGCUGGCUGUUGGUUACAAGCAUCUGCGUCUUGCUGACUUGGAUGCCUCUGUUCGCAGUUGCAAGUUCUGCGAAUUCCUUCGUCACCAUUUUGGAACGCCGAGGUUUCCGUGGUCCAAUCGAUUUCAAGUGGUUUUGAGCAAACUGUGGGCUGAUAUAAUUGAUGUCCAAAGUGGCGAGAGCGUCAAGGGGCGGUAAGUGAAAUGUCCGUUGCUUUAUUUCACCAGUACGUUGAUUUAUGCACUCUUUUCUUGUUCGAUUUGGGUGCCGAUCUACUAGACCUGCUAG